AUUAUGAUACCGGCAGAUCUUUAAAAAAAAAAAAAUUCUCGAGAUUUCACUAAGCGAUAUUUGCAUUAUAUAUUUUUUUGUAUGGGUGUUAUCAUUUUUAUUCCUUAUAACUUCUUUUUGAUAGUACAUGAUAAGUGUAAGACAAUUAUAUGCAUUUUGGGGAUUUCUUUAAAUAUGGAUUAAGUCAUUUGUGAUUGUCCCGUCUCAUAAUAAUAACAUAAUUAUGCUUCCAAACAGCAGUGUUGAAAUAUAUCUUUAAUAGUUUAUUGGAUUUGGUAAAAUGGGAAAUGGUGCGUUAAGAUGCACUGAAAUGAAAUAAAGGGAUUGUAUGGUACUGAUUUAAAAGAAGAAAACGACUAUUGAUAUUUAACAAAAAAAUAUUUGUCUUUAGGUGCACACAACAUGGACUGACCGGUUGUACAAAUUGUAAUGAAAAACAACGGUAAAUGGAUCUAUCUUAAUGGAAAAUAUAAUUGUGCGUUACCCAACCGGCUGGAUAGAAAGAAGUACGUACAGGAACACGACAAAAUAGUAUUUAAAAUGUUGUUUUUCUUCAUUCUUUUGAUGGUGCGCGUGUGUAUCAGCAGUGCUAUGAGUCCGCAAGGGAAUUGUGUAGUAGCUAAUGAAAUAAUGACAUGUGAACAUACGUUUCCAACCAAAAUGCAGUUAAACGUAACAACUGUUGUCAUAAAAGAUUACCGAGGACAAAACAUAGUCAAUACGACUUUCACUGAUAUAAGCUGGAGUAAAGUAUCCUCACUUGAUAUUACUGUGAACGAAGAAACAUAUUUCGGACUGGAUGAAAACAAUUUCAUUAAACUCAAAAUGAACCUGAUCUUUCUUGGAAUUCACGCUCCGAGGUUAUCAAGCAUUAACAGGCAUUCAUUUCGAGAGCUUCUCCAUCUCCAAACUCUAGAUUUGUCUCACAGCGUCCUUAUGAAUCAAAACGAAUUGAUAGCAUCAAUUCUUGGAAGUGAGCUGAGGCUUACUGCAUUGAAUCUGAAUUAUAUAUCUUCAAGUAAGCCGCUUCUUAUGGACCAGAACUUUAUGCAGAUGAUUGCAAAAACCAAAACUGAACGAUUGCGUUUAAGCGGAUCUAAUUUGAUACUAAAGGGACCUUUAGAUGUUGCAAACUUAACAUUCGAAAUAAGUUACUUAAAUAUUUCAAACAUAUCCGUAGCCGUCACAAAUUUGAAACAUUCAAAUGAAGUAAAAUCAAUGGCAAUUUUUCUUGAAAAUUUGAAAGAUCUGGACAUGUCUUACAUUAAAUCAAGAUUCCUUGAAUUAAAUUAUAACUUUUUGCAGAACAAUCAUGAAGUUCACAAAUGUGACACAUCUACUUAUUUCGGAAUGAUCACCAAAGCACAAAAUGCAUUCCUAAAUGGCGUUUGGCAAACAAAAAUCUACGGUAACAAUUCUGUCAUUGAUUUGUCUGCCUGUAUUAUAAAUGUAAAAUCCCUACAUCUUAAGAGAAAUAAUAUGCUCUAUCUAAACGUUACAAUUAAAUGGCCACAAGAAAAUGACUUAAAAACAAUCGAUUUGUCAGAAAACGGUAUGGAGUACCUGAAUCCGGACUUCUUUAUUGGACUGACAUCAUUGGAUUUCAUUGACCUUUCUGGAAACAAACUAGGUUUCAUGGAAAGGUUAAAAGAAUUUUCGUCUUUGCUUGCAAAUUUUCGUGACUUACGACACUGCAACAUGUCACAUAACAAAAUAACUUUCAUUCCAAAACUCAUGUUCACAAACAAUGCGAAAAUUGUUGAACUUGAUCUUUCGAGUAAUGAUUUGACAUCAGUAACUUUUGACCUUGAGCAGUUUACAGACAUACGACUGCUGUGGUUAAAGAAUAAUAGAUUUAAAUUUCUGAACGAGAGAGAUUUCACAAAGUUAGACUUUUUGAUGCAAUUGCGAAAUAAUGUGAUUAAUAUUGACAUUACCGGAAACCCGCUAGAAUGCUCGUGCAAGUCAACAAAAUUUUUGAAAUGGAUAUCUUCAAAGCUGCAACCAUGUACAAAUCACUUUUACCAGUGUCAAAUUGAAGGCCAGACACAUUCGAUAGAUGAAACUGUUAUUGAAGAAGCGAAAUAUUUGUGUGUAAGGACUGCGAUAAUAAUAAUUUUGACAUGUAUUACCGUUGCUAUCAUCGUGGCUAUUUUGUCUCUGGCAGUUUUCCUAUAUUUUAGGGUAAAGAGGAACAAGCGAAAACAAGCAAUGAAUACUUUCUUACGUGGCCUUGGUGAAGGUAUAUUGUCACAAAAAUAUCUGUGCUUUCUUUCCUUCUCGAGCAAUGAGGAUGGUAAUUUGAUUACUGAACUAGGUGGUUCUAUUGAUGAGAAUUUAAAGAGAUUAACAGGAAUAGCAGAGCGCAGUCUUGUGUGUAAGGGAGAUUUCGAUUUUCGCCCAGGGUACCCUGUCGUGAAUGAGAUAUUCCGUAUGGUGAAUCGAAGUUAUGUUAUGGUGUGUUUAGUGUCAAAGGAAUUUUGUGCCAGCAAGUGGUGUGACCUGGAACUGAGAUAUGCUUACGAAAAUAAUAAGCCUAUCAUUCUGAUUUUUAAGGAGAAAGUACAAGGAAACGAAAUGACAACGUUGCUACAUAACAUUUUCAUUACUAAAAUCAGAGCAAAACUUAUUAUAGAAGAAGAGGAAUAUCGUUUGAUACCAGGAUACGAUAUACUGAGUGAAUCAAUAUUUGAACUUGCUCUUAACGGUUUCGUGCACAAUGACAGAACAACGUCAAACACACUUCUUGACGGGGAAACGUCAAACACACUUCUUGACGGAGAAUCAUCAAACACAUUUCUUGACGGGGAAACGUAAAACACAUUUCUUGACGAGAAAACGUCAAACGCACUUCUUGACGGGGAAACAUCAAACACAUUUCUUGACGGGGAAACAUCAAACACAUUUCUUGACGGGGAAACGUCAAACACACUUCUUGACGGGAAAACAUUAUAGACAUUGUUGGAUGUGGAAGCGGAAUUCUGUUACAUAAAAAUUUAAUGGACUUCAUGAUUCCAGGACCAGAAAAAAAUAGCAACACUGAAUAUAAGUUCGAGGAGACUUUCAAAUUACAGUAUCCCCGAUUAACUUUGUUUAAACAGAUAUUUGUAUCAAUGUUGAAACUGUGCAUUUUUAUGCAACAAAAUCAUUUUUGUACUUCAUAAUUAUUACGUCAUAGCAUCAUACGUUAUAGUGGCAUGUCGGGAAAGAAAACUACACACUACAGGCAAAAAUCUGGUGAAUAUCUUUAAGAUGUAGUUAUUAAUCUCUUAUAACGUGCUAACUAGACUCCAAGCAUUACAUCGUAAAAAAUAAAAUAAAAUCAUCGUUUGUCAUUCAGAUGUCGUACUGGUCAUAAUGAUAGAAAUUCUUAAAUCAACUAUUUUAAAUCAAAGUCUUUAAGUGGUCGAUCACGAAAUAAAAAUCAUUAAAGACUACCCGAACCUAAAAUGUCAAUUCUAAAUUCUAAAGUAGGAAAUACUUGAACAGACAACCUAGCAAACAAGAUGAUUCGAUAAAAAAUGAAAUACACCUGAAGAUAUAUCUCCUACAAUUUUCACAAUAGCCACAGUGAAAUCUUAGACGUCUAAAAUAUUUUAAUACUUCAUAGUGAAAGCGCUAAAAUGAGAGAAAUGUGAUUUUAGUCCUCAUUGCAAUAAAUUAGAAACAACAUUCACUCUACGGUAUAAUUAUAUUAUUCAGCUUGCAUUGAUUGUUUUAAAAGUCAAUUUCAGCAGAAAGUUAAAAUGAAAUCUAAUUUAAACUUUACAUUUCUAAGUGGCAGUACGAUAUGGGUGUUUUUCAUAAAUGACUUGUUACCUCUAUCCAAAACAUUCUGCUGACAUUAAAUUUUCAUGAUUAUGCUUAACUGCUGUAACCUACUGCUUCCUGGUGUAACCCUUGUUACCUCGUAUCCAAAAUCAUUCUGCUGACAUUAAGUUUACAUGAUUAUGUUUACCUGUUGUAACCUCCUGUUUCCUGGUGUAACCCUUGUUACCUCGUAUCCAAAAUCAUUCUGCUGACGUUAAGUUUACAUGAUUAUGUUUACCUGUUGUUACCUCCUGUUUCCUGGUGUAACUCUUGUUACCUCGUAUCGAAAAUCAUUCUGCUGACAUUAAGUUUACAUGAUUAUGUUUACCUGUUGUAACCUCAUGUUGCCCGGUGAAACCCUUGUAGCCAAGUAUCCAAAAAUAUUCUGCUGAAAUUGAAGAUGGAUAAUUAUCUGUGUUUUGCUGGGAACUAUGUUGUAUCUUCUUUUGACUAGUGUUACCCUUGUAAGCAUGUAUAAUAAACAUUUUUGUUAUCAGAUCCAGGAAGAUGUGUCCUCGAUAGUGUGGAAAGAAAUGUAACUCGCGGAUUAAGUUACAAACACAUAUGCUUGGAAAUUUAGGUUGUUUUAGGACUAACCUUAAAUAUGUCUCUUUGCUCGAGUAUCCACCUUGCAGAAUAUUGCCUUAUUGUCUGUUUUUCAGAAAGCUCUUCUGAUUCACAUCGCAAUUGACGUCAUUAAUGUUUCGACACCCAAAAUUUAAUAUCACUAAAAGUUUAAAAAUCCACACAUUUGUACAUAGCAAACUAACAAAUUGGUAGAAUUUCAUUAAACUUCUUUAGUUUUUUGUGUGUGUACCCACACUCUGUCACCCCCACCGCCCUGGUCACUUUUACGUUCACUUAAAACAUUCGUUUUCUGUUAAAUUGUUCUUGACUAAUGAAAUUAUUUGCUUCUUAGUAACAUCCUUAACUUUUUGCCGGAUAUAUUUUUUUGCCAUUCCUCACCACAGUCCCGUUCGGCGGGGGAUACCAAUUCAUCGAAUUUUCUUGUUGGAUACAUAUUUGCGCUCACCCAGAAUCUUUUCUUCAGCCUUAGAAAGAGGAAAAAGUCACAAGGACGUAGAUCUGGUGAAUAAAGGUCAGCAUUAAUUCUCCCGCAUUGAGUGUACGCACGCAUUGAAUGUACACUGUUAAACCUAUGUUAAACCUAACCCUAACCUUUAGUCAAUAUAUUGUACACCCAAUAUGUGCGUACAUCCAAUAGGGGCGAUUUAAUGUUGGCGGGUGAAAAGGCGGGAUGAUUGAUUUGUACCACUUUUUCAUCUCUCAGUAACUUUUGAACGAUAGUACUUUUGUAAGCCGGAGCGUGGAUCAUAGUUCAACUUGAGACUGCGAAGACCAGUCCUCGGACACAUUUA